AGGCUGAUAUAACUUCGGCCUGGCUGCCGAUAAACGGAAAUAGAGAAGAAAAAAAAAUAAAAAACAAUUGGAAAAUAUUCAUAAUAAUUAACGAAUUGACGAGGUUACGAUAAAACUUAACAGACGUAACACCGGACACAAGAUGCGGGCCCUUUUGACGAUACUGGCGGUGACCUUGGCUGUUACGGUAUCCGGGCAGCAGUACCAACAAUCAGCAAACUCGGGUUACAGUGAUGCGGAAUACGCCGAUUACGAAUCCCCGAGACCGGUCCACCCGUCUCCGAGGAGCUACGCGACUUCUCAAGCUCCGGCUCAACGCGCACCGGCUCCUUCCGCCCCGAAGCCGACACCUGUUGCCAUUCUCAAGCAAAUAAACAGGCACAACGAAGACGGCUCUUACACCUACGGUUUCGAAGGUGGCGACGGAUCGUUCAAAAUCGAAACGAAAUUGCCCACCGGCGAGGUCAAGGGUAAAUACGGUUUCGUGGACGACACCGGAAAAGUUCGCGUCGUCGAAUACGGCGCGAACAAAUACGGUUUCCAACCGUCCGGCGAGGGUAUAACCGUCGCACCGCCGACUCUGGUCGACGAAACCACCAACAAAGAUGGACUUCACAACACCAAUACCAACUACCAGGACUACGGAGACUACCAACAACCGGCCCCUGCUCCGCCUCGUCCUCAGCACAGACCGGCGCCACCCGCGCCCGCGCCCCUGCGCCCCCAAGAAAAUUACGAACGUGCUCAGUACGCACCUCAAUCUCAACCCGAAUACCACAGAGCCGCGCAAACCCAGGCGAUCUACACCCCGCAGCAGAACAUAAGGGCCAGGAUUCCCGCCGGACCUCCGGCCCAGAGUCCCAUUUUUUCACCGGCGGCGCAAUCCGCCCCCCCGCUCAACAUUCCCCAUAGUCGUCAGGAGCUCGGUUACGCCGGUCAGAGACCUGCGCCCGUACAUCAAUCACAGGCUUACGACGAACCCGAACCGAUACGUCCCCAAUACAAUCAGCAAGGACCCGUUCAGUUUUCGCCGGCGCCGCAAAAUCCACCAAGACCGCAAUUGCAGGCGAGAAGUCAGGGCGGAGGUAUUCUCGAUCAGUUGGCCAGAGAUUACGCACUUCCUCAGGGCGGAGCCGCCCCUCUCCACGACAUCAGUUUUGGUUACUAUUAAAUAAGAGAAAAUUUCAAACUAUUUGCGUGAUAAAAUUAAUGUUAUCGAGAGUUUGUCGAAGGUCUGACGAUGAGAUGCUAAGCUAUGGUUAUACCUUUCGUUGAAGAACGGUUUUCGGGAGAUUUUUAAGUCAGACUCACAUCACUCAGCUGACGAUCACUUUUGUAUUCCUAAUGUCAAAGCCACGAUCGCUACAAUUCGUCGUUACGGGUUAUCGUAGCGAUGAAAAUAAAUCUAAAUAAAAUGGAAAAUAUACAAUUAAA